AUCAGUCUUGAAUGGUGUAAAAAAAAAAAUUUUAUGAACCUUCCCUUUUUUUAGCUAAUUUAACACAAUGUCUAAGUGUGAGAAUAGGUUAGUUAGUCCAGAUGCAGCUCAAAAUGCUAAGAAGCUAUCACGCAAAAGAAAAAGAAGUGAUUUUACUAUUGAAAUUGAGCCAAAAAUCAAAGUUGAGCUGGAUCACUUAAUGUUUGAUGACAUUAAAGUUGAGCAUGAUCACUUCUGUGAAGAGGAAUUCAAAACUGAGCAAGAAUACUCAGGAACUCAUUUGCCAGAGUGGAAGAUUGAUGUCACGAAGAAAAGUACAGAAUCAACUACACUUCUAUGUGGAAGAAACUCUGCUGGUCAAACUUUCAGCAAUACUUCACCUGAUGCUGAAAGUUCUUCUGUAGACAAUCAAGUUGUAAAGAAUGAACCUACUGAAAUUGCGGAAGAGAGAAUUAUGUAUGACAACACCUGCACUGUUGGGAACAUCAAGAUGGAACAGUCAGAAGAUGGUUGUGAAGCGCAGCAAAUGAAUGAACUAAUUGAAGAUAGAUUGACUUCAGACUCCAAAAUUUCAGUUGAAAAAAAGAAGAAUUGUACAAUUCCUAAGUGUAUGAUGCAAAGCUUUAAAUUUGUUUCUGAUCUUGUAAGGAAUAUCAAUGCAUCAGAGAGCAUAAUUGAUGAUGCAAUGUGUCUACUGAUCAAGGUGAGAAUGAGCAUUACAUCGGGUCGAUCAUCGGAACUCAUGUCGGGCGCUUGUGUGUACAUUGCCUGCCGACAAGCAGGUGACCCAAGGUCCUUUAAUGAAAUUGCUGCUUUGUGUAAUUUCAGCAAGAAGGAUUUGGGACGAGCAUUCAAGACUGUGAUGAAAAUUAUUGACUCUCCACUCGACAUCAUCAAAAGUGACGAUUUUGUGAGCCGUUAUGGUCAUUCCUUGGGCAUUGGACAAAAUGUCAUAGAAGCUGCAAUACACAUCGCAAAUGAGGCGCAGAAGCUGGAUAUCAUACGAGGCCGUUCACCAAUAUCAGUCGCUGCGGGCGCCAUUUACAUGGCCACUCAGGCAAGGGCCGAGGCACUGACGUUAUUGGAAGUGAGCCAAGCAACAGGAACCUCCGAAAACACCGUGAACAUCAUUUACCGCGCCCUCUACCCUUACGCAAAGCAGCUAUUCCCUGCAAACUUCGAAUUCGACCAUUCAGUCGAGAAUUUCCCGUCCAGAGAUCGUCAGCAUUAUAUUUUGUGGAAAUCUUAGACUGUGUUCUUUGUAAGUAUUUUGUGAAACAGGUUACACUUUUACUAUUAAUGUCGUUAGGCUGUGGUACAAAUGAAAAAAUUGCCAUCUAAGAUGCAAAAAUUUUCUCUUGUGCCAGAUAUUUGAAAGAAUUCACUUUUAAUUUAUAAUGUAAGUACCAUUUUCUAGAAAAUAAAUCUUGAAAUAAGGCGCGCGAAUGUGUUGAUCCGUGACUAUUCAUAGAUUAGUUUCGUAACAAACCGUUGGAUUCACUAUGUUAUGAUGCAGUUUUUUGGAGGUUAUUCAUGAGUGAUGGCCUUUAUUCCGGCUCGGACGAGUCUGAACAUAGCAACGGAAAUUUUUACAUCUCGCCCAGAGAAGCGGGUAUAGAAGACGGGGUAUGACUUUGUUCAGUGAAAUAUUCAUGGAAACUUUGAAAUGUGUAGUGGCGCUUUCCAAACUGUUUAAUGAAUUGUGUUUUAAAAUUAUGGACGUGUUGUAAUCGAAAGUAUUAUAGACUGUUCUAACGAGGCGUUAGAAUUUUUAUGGGUUAGUAAGUAACUUGCUUGCACUUUUAUACAAAUGAAGAGCGACUUGUUCAUGAUAAUAUUGUUUCAUUAUAUGUAAUGUUCAGUGCCGCUUUAUUUUAACUGACAUGUGGAGCCUGUCACUCCUACUGCUCGGCAGUGAACAUUGUACAUUUUUAGUUCAUUAAAUAGUAUGAUAGUUUGCAUUUUAAACGUUUUUUUGGCACCGCUUAGGUAAUGGAUUUGUCAACUGAUGCGUUCCAUCCGUUUUGUUAUAUUUUCUCAAUGAUAACCGGACUUUUUUAAGUUUUAAACAAACUAGGUCACGCAGGCACGGAUCACGAGGGAGAGAAUGAUAAGAGUGUAAAGUAAAACCGUAUUGGUAAACUUUUGUUGGACAACUGUAACCGUUUACUGCAUUAAAUAAAGAAGUUCUUACAAC